AUGGAUACUUCAACGCCAAGCACACCUUCAGGCCCCCAAAGCGAAACAAACACCACAAACGAAAAUUUAAGUAACGCGAAGACUCCUCCUUCAACUGUUCCUAUUGCAUCUCCAUCAUUAUUAGGCACACCUUCUACACCAACUCCUGCAACACCAGAAUCUACAGCAUCUCUCCCAAGACCAAGCAUAGGUCCAAUUUAUUCCGCGGUUUAUUCCGGAGUACCAGUAUACGAAUUUCUUGUACGAGACGUAGCAGUGAUGCGCCGGCGUCCGGAUUCUUACUUGAACGCCACGCAAAUUUUGAAGGUUGCUGGUCUUGAAAAAGGUAAACGUACAAAAAUUAUCGAAAAAGAAGUUUUAACUGGUGAUCACGAAAAAGUUCAAGGCGGUUAUGGGAAAUAUCAGGGUACUUGGGUUCCAUAUGAAAGGGGAAAGGAACUUGCUGAGCAAUAUGGGGUUCUUGAAAUUUUGCGUCCUUUGUUAGAAUAUAAACCACCUAAACAUGAUAUACCUUAUUCAUCAUCUCCAUAUACUCCAACUAAAGAACAGGCGAUGGCUGCUUUACGUAGGCAAGCUGCGAAGGCUACUACCACUAUUCAAUCGAAUGCUCAAUCCGAUACUCAAGCCAACGGCGACUCUUCUUUACUAUCUAAUAAUGAAAACGAAGCAGAGACUGUUACGAUGACAAACUUUGAGGCUUCUGAACCACCUCUAACGGCUGCGGAAAUGGACGAAGGGGAACGUCACAGAAAUGUUUUAAUGGCAAUAUUCCUUAAUGAAGAUCCAAAUCAAAUACCCGAUCUUCUUUCAAACCCAUCUUCUCCGGAUGAUAUUGAUUAUGAUGUUAUCAUUGACAAUCAUGGUCAUACUGCUCUUCAUUGGGCGGCUGCUUUAGCUCGACUACAAGUUAUGGAACUAUUGUUGACAAGGGGUGCUAAUGUACGUCAAUUGAAUUAUGAAGGCGAAUCUGCUUUAGUACGCGCCGUUCUUGUCACCAAUAAUUACGAAGCACAAAAUUUUCCUGCCGUUCUUGAUCUUCUUCAUGAAACCAUCCCGUUGACCGAUAAAGAUAAUAGAACUGUUUUCCAUCAUAUUUCAAUGACUUCUGGCACUAAAGGUCAUGCCGCAGCAGCAAAAUAUUAUAUGGAUUGUCUGCAACAAUGGAUCGCCCAGAAUGUUGAUGGAAAUCUUUCUACGAUUUUAAAUAUUCAAGAUAAAAAUGGUGACACGGCUUUAAAUAUUGCUGCGAGAGUAGGAAAUACUCAGCUAGUUCGUCAGCUAAUAGAAAUGGGUGCUAGCAAGCAAAUUGAAAAUAAAAUAGGGUUAAAAGCAAUAGAUUUUGAUCCUGCUGAACGUAUUGAUAUUGACGAUAUUAAUGAUGUGAGACUGGAGCAAAUGGAUUUUUUUACUCAGCCAAUUACUUCAACAUUUGUUAAUCCCCGUAGAAAAUCCAGAGAAAUUGUUUCAAGUCUUCAAAAAUUGGUUGAAGAUGCUGAAACUGAAUGGAUUGAACAGCUUAGAUUAAAAGAUGAACAAUUAGUUGACUUGCAACGUCAGUGCAAUGCAACUUCAAGGCAACUCAUCGAAGCUAGACGAAUAUUGCAUUGUUGUCGUCUGCAAGACAAGGAAUUCGAUGAAACAGAAGAGUACAUUAAGUUUCUGGAAAAAGUAUUGAUCACUGAAGAUCAAGAUGAUUAUAUCGUUCCGCGUAAACGUCAAAAAAUUGAGCAUUCAAAUGGAACGGCUACCGGCUUAGACGUUCUUUCAGUUAUCUCUACUACCACUCCAAUGCCAAAGGCAGACGUUUCUGUACCAGAAAUUGAAGUAUCUUUUCCACAGAAUGUGCCAUCACCACCAUCUUCUACGAUGAAUGCACAACCAAUUGUGUCAAAUAUCGGCGCGACACCUGUCCGAAUACAACAAGCUUUUCCAAUAGCAAAUCCUACGGCCUCUGUAAACACUGGAGCAGUACCACCAUCAACUAUUCCAAUUAAGGAUUCAAUAUCAACGUCACAAGAAAUUAAUGAGUCAACAAACAUAAAUGCUAUCUCAUCACAAUCAAGUUCUCCUUUUGCAAUAGAUGCCUCUUCCACAGUACAUCCAAUAACAUUUCCAUCAUCGACGAGAGUAGUACCAACUGCAUUCUCUUCAUCCAUGGUUGUUCCAACAGCUUUUACAUCAUCAACGAGAACAGUUUCACCUUCUGUGACAUCAUACAGUUCUUCAACAACUAAACCUCCAACAAUAACGAUUACACCUCCUUCAAAUACUGCGUCUUCUCAAACAACUAAGCCAUUGUUCCCAGUUUCUCCGGUUUCAUUUACUUCUUGUGUUUCUCCUAUAAAACCUUUAAUUGACCCGAAAACGGAAAAUGAAAUUAGAAAUCUUCAAGCACAGAUAAAUGCAUAUUCAAAAGAUGAGGAAUUACUUCGACAAGAAAUUAACGAAUUGAGAGGAAAAUCGGUGAAUGCUAAAAUGCAAUACAAGAAAAUCAUUGCCUCAUGCUGUAAAAUUGAGCUAGACAAGGUUGAUGAUUGCGUUGAAGCGAUUUUACAUGCAAUGGAAAGUGAUAGUGCUGAUUUUAAUCUUUCUAGGAUCAAGGAUUUGAUGAGCCGAGUACGCUGUGAAGAAGUGGAAGACACGGUCGACACUCUUUAUACCGAACCUCUAUAUACCGAACCUUGCCUAUAA